AUGCUCAUUGCUCGCAAACGACAACAGCGAAGGCGUACCCGAGCUCAGAGGCCGCCUCCACAUUGGUUUUCUAUCGGCUCGUUUAGGUCGCUUGGGUCACGUCUGUGGAAUCCGCCGCCUGCCUCAGAAGAGGAACGUUACUCUUGGUUUAUUACACCCAAAUAUCGCAUAUCACUCGAAGACGUUAUCGCCGAUAAACAUCCUUCUCCCCUCUCACGACAAGACUUCGAGGACUACUUGCACCAUGUCGAAGGUUUGGCGUCAAACCUAUACUUCCACGAAUGGGUCCACAACUAUCGCGAGCGAUACCGUGAAUGGGCUAAAUCAGUUCUCCCCUCUGUGACAGUUGGCCUCCCCAGUUCCUCCAAGUAUCUUUACCACUCCAGAGAACUUUGGGAGCGCCUAAAGGAUUGCCAAGAUCGCCAACUGAAGGAUGAAUUCUCGUCUGCCAAAUCCACAUUUUUCCAGCCUGGUGCUCCGAUGAGGUUGAACAUCGAUGCGAGCCUUCGGGACCGAGUGCUACUCAUCCCCAACCUACCUCCCUCACAGCAACUCACUGAUAGAUUGCCUUCGUACCCUAAUCAACCGGAGCCCAGUAUCUUUGACCCCAUUUUAGAACAAGUCAACCAAACCCUUGAGGCUGCAUUUGCCCGUUUCCUCCGACUUGCGUUUUGCAAUGCAGGUCUGAUUCAUUGCAUCUUGGGCCAUCUCCUUGGCUUGAGUAUCCUUGCUGCAGGUCUUGCAUUAUGGUGCUUGGGUAUCAUAUCCCACCAAAGGGGACAUAUUGCUGGAGGGCUGCCAUUGAUAUGGAUAGGGGUAUGGUUCUUGUUGGUUACUUCGAGUGAUCUGCCUUGGGGUCUACACAACCGGCUACGCGCGACAACUUUUCCCUUGGGAGAUAGCAAGGCUCUUCCCGCGGGUGCUGUUGCUCCACCCAUAUUCUCUAUUGCACCCGCACCCAAUGACACAUCGACCCUUUCGUCCUAUUCGUUCGGCCGAAAACCAUCCGGUGCAUCUCACGGGCCUCCCCUUGCGACUCCGCCCUUACCAUCUCCUCAACCGACAUAUCAGUCCCAGAUACAUGGAAAAAGAAGAUGGAGCGAAGGUGUACUGAGGAUCUGGGGGCAACAUAAAAAAGAAUUCACCAUCAAGUCAGCGGAUCAGAAGAUGCUUGAUCGAAGGGCCGCGGUUGAACUUUUGCCUCCAGCAAGAAGAACAAAGAAUUUGCCACGCGCAUCUCUCGUACUCGAUGUCGAACAGGCAAACGAGUUGGCAGCAUCCCUUCUACCUAUAUCAGUGACCCAAACACCCAGAGCUACAUUCGAGUUGACUUACGCACGACGGAACGCCGCGUUAGACCUUACUUCCGAGCUGCAGGCAGCCGGAUUUGGUCCAGAGGGAAGACCUGAUAGCCCUUUUACCGAAGAAAACGACUUCGGGAUUGUCGUAUCCGAUGCUUACCACGAAGAUACCCCGGAUGACCGAUUCCAUCGUCCGUCCCCUUGGACGAUUCCCCCGACGCUAGUCUCAAAUGGAGAUUACUCAACAUUGCAACAAGACUGGAAGCCCAGUGCGCCUGAAUCACUCGACCGUCUUGCUCCCUUGAUUCAACUGCCCGAUCAAGCCGCCCCGAGACGGCGAACCAUGCCUGAUGUCUAUACACCCAUCGCCGAAACAUUGACGAUUGAUUACCCGAGCUGGAGUCGGAGGGGCAGUAAAUCGUCUGAUCUUGAAGCUGGAGGCGAGCUGUAUCGACCCUGGCCGCGAACGCUGCUUGGGCCAAUGACCCUUGUACAUUCUCCCUUGGUUCGACGUGCGCAGUGGGUGAUAAUUUGGAGGACGGCAGCUAUUUCGCUUGUGGUAACCUUUGGCAUGACAUUGGGAUUAAUUCGUUAG